GUCGUUAAUUUAAAUAACACGCGUUCAACUUCACCGACACGCACACAGUGUCCCCCAAAAUUGCGCGUUUCCACCGAGAUAAAUGCGCAUUUUACGCAUGACGCAUGACUCGGCAGCCUUUUUAUCUGAACUUGGCAUCUCUACCUUUAAAUGUUCACCCAUUUUCUGAGUUGAACUCCCGAGUUGAACUUUGAGACCUGCAGAUAGCAGACACAUUGCAGCUGCAGCAGCAGCAGCAGCAGCUUAUCGCUGUCACGGAUCAAAAGGCAACAGGAGGUCAAACAAACAAAACAGGGGUUUUUUUUGUGUGUGUUCAACCAUGAGGCCGCCGGUGGAAGUGUCCGUGUUCCUCCUCUCUCUGCUGGCUCCUGGAGUCCUGUACACCAUCAACAACAUCCCUGCUCUCCAGGAACCUCUUCCCAUCCUGGGAGUUGGAAUGGUCGUCCUGGGAUCCAUUCUUCUUCUUACCCUCCUCAUUGUGCGAAACCAGAAGAAAGUGGACCCCUUAUUCUACGCAUUCGCCGAGUUUUCCUUCACCUGCAUGGUGGGACUGACGAACGCUUUGGAGCAGGAUGGGUUCAUCUCCGGCUUCAUGGGCUUCUACGUGAAGAAGGGCGAGCCUCACAUGAGCACGGCCUACGCUGUGAUGAUGUGUUACUGGGAGGGCGUCCUUCACUACCUCCUCUUCCUCAUUAUCAUCCACCGCAUGUUCAAAGGGAAGUCGUACCGCAGCCUGGCGCUGCUGUGGGCCGGCUCCUCGAUGGCCCAUCAGAUUGUCCUCAUCCCAGGCGUGGUUGUUGGUAAACACGGAUCAAACAUCCGACCAGCCUUUUGGAGGAACAUCCCCUUCUUUUUGGCUCCUUUCUGGGCAGCGUCUGUGCUCUUCAGCAGACCCAGAGAGAUGCCCAUCGUGACCGCAGACAAGAUCUCAGUGGAGCAGAAGAAAAGUCUGCUGUUUCGACCCGUCGACCUCGUCCUGUCGCUCCUGCUGCUGGCAGCGGGGGCCUUCUCUGUGUUCAGAGGCCUCGUGGUGCUGGACUGUCCUCUAGACGUCUGUUUCACCUACAUCUACCAGUACGAGCCCUACCUCAAAGACCCAGUGGGCUUUCCGAGGGUCAUGAUGCUGGCGUAUUUGUUCUAUGCUGUUCCCCUGCUGACGGUCUUCAUCUACGGUCUGAGAACACCUGGAUGCAGCUGGAUGUUGGACUGGACCAUCUUCUUUGCAGCAGCCAUGGCUCAGACCCAGUGGUGCCACAUCGGAGCAUCUCUGCACUCCCGCACUCCCUUCACGUACCGAGUCCCAGCAGACAAGUGGUGGCCCGUUAUCGGCCUCAACGUGCUGCUCGUCGCCGCCCCGGCUCUGCUCGCCCUGCGCUGCUACAGCAACCCCGCUUAUUUUAUGAAACCUGUUCCCAAGGGACAGGCCAACAAUGAGAAGAAGAAAAACUAGCCCACACACACACACACACUCACACACACUCACACACACGCAUCACACACACCAGCCACGGACUGUCGAGGAACGCUUCACGCUGUGACAAGGCUAAUGUUUUCUGGGGACUCCUGAUGGCACACAAACUGCAUUAAACACACAAUUUUUCAUCCCAGAGGAAAUCUAAAAACUGCUGUCUGAGUCAACUGUUGAAAAUCUGUCACCUCGUGAAGCAGCAGCACUCCCUGCAUGGACUAUUGGACCCUGAUAAGAGGGCUGUUGAUGGAGGCGAGGGCUGUGAUCAGCCUGCACAGCUUUCCGGUGACUCAUGCAGAAAUCCAGUUGGUAUUUUCACAAACUGUAACUAUUAACUUGGAUUGUACAUGUUGGCAACAUCCUGCUGGAGACUGACUUAUACAUCUUAUGCAGAAAUCCACAGCGAGUCAGUGAAAACCAUCACAGCUGACACUGCUUAAAAACUCUUUAUCUAAAAUGGGUUCAUGAUGGCUUGAAAUGACUGAGCAGCUUAUAAAGGAGAUGGCUGCGGAUGAUUCGAGGAAGGAGAAAGACCACCUGGUGCCUGACAAACAACACAUCAACAUGUUGUCACAUGCAUAUUUUCAGGGUUUUUGUGAAUUGAUUAUGCACUUGGUUUAUGAAAUAUCAGGGGAAAAGAAUCUUGGUGACAUCUUGAAAUAGUCAGUUUUGUCUGACCAGCUGUUCCAAAUCCAAAAACAUUCAGUAUGAAAUCAUUUCAAAAGGGAAAAGCAUCAAAACUUCACACUUGAGAAGCCGAAAAGAGAUUUAGUGUAUUUGCUCGAUUAUUAACUUGCAGUUGUAACUCUGUCCAUCAACUAAUUGAUUUACUGACAAGCUACUUCACCUCUAGUUGUUUAUCUGUGUGGUUUCAUGUUCCAUUUUAUUUUGCUAAAUAAACACAAAGAUGAAAAAAGAA